CCGAUGCACGCUUGCCAACGAAACCAAACAGGCGUCCUUCAUAGCGCAUCAAAUGGCUCCAACCACAUCCACCGAAUUAUUGUAACUCAGUAACUCUUCACUCUAGCGCAACAAAUAGCUCCAACCACUUCCACUGCACUAUUGUAACUCAUUAACUCUCGACUCUGACCUCGCAAAUGCCAUUAGUCAUACAAAUAAAAAAGACUUUGGUCCAAACUCACCCAAUAAUCAAAACUCUCAUUGCUACAUUCACGCAAAGAAACAAGACAAAACUCAUUAGCAAAGAUGGGGAAGAAGCGGGUUAUGGUGCCAGCCGAGAAACUGGACUUGUCGACCGUGAAAUACGAGCACGAAGUAAUCAAAGCUCCUCAUUUGACGGGUUUGAUGCUCAAGUUGUUUGUGAGGAUAAUUGAAGCUCCAGUUAUCGGUUCUUUGAUCAUAUCUCUCUUGAAAAAGCAGAACAAAAUAGUUGAGAUGUUGCAGAACACUGUGAUACCAGAAGCACCCAUGUUUAAACCUGAAUUUCCUCCCCAAGAAGCAGAACCUUCUGUUGUCAUUGUGGAUGAAGAAGGAAAACCUGAAGACCGAGUUGAAUCAGCCUUAAAGUGUCUUCCUCAUUAUGAUCCUGCUAGUUGCUGGAGUGGGGAUUCGCUUCCAUCAUUCCGAUACUGGAAGAUUCGUGAUUAUGCUUAUGCUUAUCGAUCUAAACUUGUGACACCUUCUAUGGUUGCAGAACAAAUCAUCUCAGUUAUUGAGGAGUGUAACUAUCAUAAGCCCCCAACACCAUUAUUGGUUUCGUUUGAUGCUGAGGAAAUAAGGAAGCAAGCUGCAGCUUCAACACAAAGGUUUGAGGAAGGAACUGUUGCUGCAAGUCAUGCAGGAAAUCCGUUGUCAAUCUUGGAUGGAAUAUUCUUGGCAAUCAAGGAUGAUAUAGAUUGCUAUCCUCAUCCAUCUAAGGGGGCAACAACAUGGAUGCAUGAGGUUCGCUCUGUUGAGAAGGAUGCAGUUUGUGUCUCAAGAUUGCGGAGUUGUGGUGCGAUUUUUAUUGGGAAGGCCAACAUGCACGAGUUGGGCAUGGGCACAACUGGAAACAAUCCAAAUUAUGGAACAACCAGAAACCCUCAUGCACCUGAAAGAUAUACAGGUGGAUCCUCCUCUGGUCCUGCAGCACUUGUAGCUUCUGGACUAUGUUCUGCUGCCCUGGGAACAGAUGGUGGAGGUUGUAAAAGUUAUUACCUUAGUUGGAGUCUUGUUUAUUUCAUUUACAAUAUAUUGAUGUUCUGUGGUUUACUGAAAACAAAGGCAGGUUCUGUCCGCAUUCCUUCAUCCCUUUGUGGUGUAGUGGGCUUGAAAACAACUUAUGGGCGGACGAGCAUGAGAGGAUCGCUAUGUGGUUCUGGGACUGUGGAAAUCAUUGGACCAAUAGCAUCAACAGUGGAAGAUGUCAUAUUAGUGUAUGCAGCAAUUUUGGGUUCCUCUCCUGAGGACAGAAUCAGUUUGAAACCGUCUCCCCCUUGUUUGCCAAUUUUGUCUUCACUUGAGAAUGAAAACUCUUUGGGAUCAUUGCGACUGGGGAAGUAUACAGAGUGGUUUAACGAUGUACAUUCAACUGAUAUCUCGAAUGUCUGUGAAGAUGUUCUCAACCUUCUGUCGAAAAGCCAUGGAUGUGAAACAAUAGAGAUAGUAAUACCAGAACUACAUGAGAUGCGCACUGCUCAUAUUGUUUCAAUUGGAUCUGAAACAGUAUGCUUUCUAAAUCCCGAUCUUAAAAAUGGGAAAGGUGUGAAAUUGACAUAUGAUACUCGUACUAGUAUGGCACUUUUUCGAACAUUUUCUGCAUCAGACUAUGUUGCUGCACAAUGUCUUAGACGAAGGAUAAUGCAUCAUCACAUGGAGAUCUUCAAGAAGGUUGAUGUCAUAGUUACCCCAACAACUGGCAUGACAGCGCCAAAAAUACCACCUAGUGCUCUGAAAGAUGGAGAGACAGACAUGCAGGUUGCAGGUUAUCUCAUGCGGUUCAUUAUUGCUGGUAAUCUUCUUGGUCUUCCUGCCAUUACUGUCCCUGUUGGUUAUGACAAACAAGGACUUCCAAUAGGUCUGCAACUAAUAGGCCGUCCAUGGGGUGAAGCUACAAUUUUACGUUUGGCUUCUGCAGUAGAGGAACUUUGUGCUAAAUCCGUGAAGAAGCCUGCCUCCUUCUAUGACGUUUUAAAGACCAAAUAAAAGCUUUUUACAGCUCAAGAUGCGUGACCCAUGUUUUAUUGCAGAUCCCU